ACUAACUUGUGACUAAUUAUUUUCAGAAUUAUAUUUGUUUACUACAUUACAGUUUUGUAAAUAAUUGUUCAAAAGUGAAACUAUUUUAGUUUUAUGGAUAUUAGUGACAUCAAAAAAAAUUUGAAGUUAUCGGUAGUCAUGAUUAUUUCUUGCGUAUUUCCUUCCAGACUUCAGUGAGAUAAGAGGCAAGAUAAAAACCUAAUUAUGACUGCCCUGAAAUAAUUGAGAAUUGAAUAAAUUAUGCUGCUAUAAAUAUGUAUUGACCAUACAAGAUGUCGGAUACAGUACAGCCAUUAAGUGCGCCCAUUUCACUUUCUACAUAUCACCAACUUAGUUUAACUGUUGAAUCAGCCACCAUAAGAAAUUCAGGACUAUUUAAACCAAAUCCAUACUUACAAGUGAUAGUAGAUGGUAAGGUUUUAAGGAAAACAGAAGUUAUUAAAAACACACUACAUCCAAAAUGGAAGGAAGAAUUUACAGUGCUUGUGACACCAUUGUCCCAACUCAUGUUCCGCUUAGCAGACCAUCAUAGUUUUAGAAAAGAUCAUGUUAUUGGAGAGAAAAAAAUUCAUCUUUUGAAAGUCUUACAUUAUUUUAAUGGAAAAUGUGAAAAUGUGGAACUUUGCAUAGAUUUGAUGAAAACUGUAUCCCAAGAUGGAACUGCAGGAAAUAAUGGUGUAAAAGUGAAAACAGCUGAUUUAGUUUUGUUACUUGAUGGAUUAAGACUUGAUCCAUCUAUAUUGAGCCAGUCGCAUGAAGUGCUUGGAGAGGCCACUAACUCUCGUAGUCCAUUAAAUGAUGGCGUCCGUGCAAGAAUUCGAUUACGAAAUAAUUCAGAUUCAUCACGGUCUAUGCUGCGAACACAGAAUCUACGACCACCUCCAGGUCCACCUCCGCUUAGCAACGGCUCCAUUAGUGGAGUGGUGGCUACAGAGAACGGUGCGGGACCGUCCCACGCAGAGCACGGCGCCGCGGAGAGCAGUGGCUCCGGCGCGCUCGCGGCGCACUCCUCGCAGCCGCCACCCACCGUCGUCGCCGGAGCCCCCGCCCCCGCCACGCCCGGGGCUACCGCCGCAUCCGCAGCCAACGCUGCCACCGAAGAACCAUUGCCGCCGGGUUGGGAGAUGAGAUACGAUGUUUAUGGCCGACGUUACUAUGUGGACCACAACACGCGAUCGACGUCCUGGGAGCGGCCGCAGCCGCUGCCGCCGGGCUGGGAGGUGCGUCGCGACGCGCGUGGACGCGUCUACUACGUGGACCACAACACGCGCACCACCACGUGGCAGCGGCCCGAUACCGAGCGCCUGGCGCGCUUCCAGCACUGGCGCGUCGAGCGGCGCCACGUGGUCGCGCAGGGCAACCAGCGCUUCCUCUACCCCGCGCCGCACCCGCCGCAUCCGCCCCACAACCAGCACCCGCCGCACGCACACCAACAAUCUGACGCGGAGGAAGCGCCCGCAGCUGGCAGCAGCAGUGGGGCGCCCAACGGAGGCGUGACGAUAGUGAGCGGGUCGAGCAGCGCGACGAGUGCGGCUAGUGGGGCGAGUGGGGCGAGCGUGGCGGGCGCGGACGACGGGCUGGGCGCGCUGCCCGCCGGCUGGGAGCGGCGCGUGCAGCCCGACGGCCGCGUCUACUAUGUCAACCACAAGAACCGCACCACGCAGUGGGAGGACCCCCGCACACAGGGGCAAGAAGUUUCAGCUCUCGAAGAAGCACUCCCGCCAGGCUGGGAGAUAAGAUUUACAGAGGAGGGCAGUCGAUACUUCGUGGACCAUAACACGCGCACCACCACAUUCCAAGACCCGCGGCCCGGCGCGCCUAAGGGUCCCCAGGGAGCGUACGGCGUCCCCCGGGCCUACGAGAGGUCGUUCCGGUGGAAGCUCAGCCAGUUCCGAUACCUGUGCCAGAGCAACGCCCUGCCCAGUCACAUUAAAAUAACGCUCUCGCGACAGACGCUCUUCGAAGAUUCCUAUCACCAGAUAAUGAGACUGCCCGCCUACGAGUUGCGAAGACGACUGUACAUAAUAUUCCGCGGCGAGGAAGGCCUGGACUACGGCGGCGUGAGCAGGGAGUGGUUCUUCCUGUUGUCGCACGAGGUGCUCAACCCCAUGUACUGUCUGUUUGAGUAUGCCAACAAGAACAACUACAGCCUGCAGAUCAACCCCGCCAGCUACGUCAACCCCGACCACUUGCUCUACUUCAAGUUCAUAGGACGAUUCAUCGCUAUGGCCUUGUACCACGGACGAUUUAUUUAUUCCGGUUUUACCAUGCCCUUCUACAAACGCAUGCUCAACAAGAAACUCACCAUGAAAGACAUAGAGUCCAUAGACCCUGAGUUCUACAACUCUUUAGUUUGGAUCAGAGACAAUGACAUUGAUGAAUGCGGUCUUGAGAUGUGGUUCAGUGUAGACUUCGAAGUUUUGGGCCAAGUUAUACAUCACGAACUGAAGCCUGCCGGAGAUAAGGAGAGAGUCACAGAAGCAAACAAAGAGCAGUACCUGCAGCUGGUGACGCAGUGGCGCAUGACGCGAGGCAUAGAGGAGCAAACUUCCGCCUUCCUUGACGGAUUCAACGAGGUGGUACCGUUGGAGUGGCUGAAGUACUUUGACGAACGUGAGCUAGAGCUGAUGCUGUGCGGCAUGCAGGAGGUGGAUGUGGACGACUGGCAGCGCAACGCCAUCUACCGCCAUUACACGCGCACCAGCAAGCAGGUCGUUUGGUUUUGGCAGUUCGUGCGACAAAUGGACAACGAGAAGCGAGCGAGGUUGCUGCAAUUCGUGACAGGUACCUGCAGAGUACCUGUCGGCGGAUUCGCUGAACUGAUGGGCUCCAACGGACCACAACGAUUUUGUAUAGAAAAGGUGGGCAAAGACACGUGGCUGCCGCGGUCGCACACGUGUUUCAAUAGACUGGACCUUCCGCCUUAUAAAAGCUACGAACAAUUGUGUGAAAAAUUAAAUUACGCUAUAGAAGAAACCGAAGGGUUCGGCCAGGAAUAAAUAUUAUUUGUUAAUUUUAGUAAAAAUGUAAAUUAUUAUCACUUUUAUUUUUUAUGAGCACCAAUCUUCACAAAUGGCAUAUUUCACAAUUUUAAGAUCGGUGCAAUCAAAAAGACCAACCAAAUACUUGUAUGAAUAUUUGUUUUAACAAUAAAUAUAUUAUGUAGAUAAAAUUAGUGUAUUGCGUCAGUUGUAUAAGAUAUAUUUUGUUUGAGCUAUAUUUAAAAAGUUCGUCUAUAAAGUUCAAUAAAAGCCUAAAAAC